AUGACGUGGAAGGAGUGGAAUGCCUUGAUGCCUCUCCCGAAGAACAGGCCAGUGCUCUCGAUUACACUAGUAAAUAUAGAAUUUCUCGAAAACUUUGAUGGCGGGGAGGCAACUUUGGAGGAAGGCUCUUCAAUACCUGAAGAAAAUACAGACGCUGCAUUGCCACCACCACCGCCACCUCCUCCAGCAAUAACAUCAUCUCUAGCAGAUGCAUUGGCAAAACCUGGCCCGAGUGGCCUUAAUCAACAAGGAACAGCCUCGAGAGUCACAAGACCUAAUUCGGCACACAGCUGGAAAAUUCACGAAACGACUUCGCAACUCUGGCUGAGACACAAGUUUCAUGCAUGGAGAUGUUUGCAAAAUCGAUGGAGAAGAUGGCCGAGAAUGACAGGCAGAGAAACGAAAACGAAAGAGAAAAGAACGAGAUUCUCCGCACACUCGUCGAAUCUCAAAAAAAGCGGGACCAAGUUAUGAAUAACUUGAC